AUGGGAAGUUCCCCAGAGCAUUCACCUCCUUCAAGUGAGAAUGUAAGUGAUGGCUCAGAAGGAAAUUCGGAUGGGGAUUUGUUUCAAAUUGGACAGAAGUUUCUCUUUUCUCUUUCCUCCAUUAGUAUAUCAUCAGGAGAGUUGGAAGGAUUGAGUACCAAUGAGGGAGAUGAAGAUAAGCAUGAUCAUAGAGAAGCUCCAAAGUAUGAAUCUGGAUCAGAAUCUGAAACAUCUUCUUCAGAUUCUCAAGGCCAUGGAGAUGAGAAAGGUGAUUCUCAGUGGCGUGGUUUCCUUCGCAAACUAAAGAAGGGAUCAACAAUGAGUUUCAAUCACUUCCAUCCCUCCUUACCUUCUUUACCUUCCAUUAAGAAGAUCUCAAGAAAAAAAAGUAGAAGUGCAACACAAAGUUUGCCAGCAUUGCCGGCUACCUUAGAUUCUCAGCUGUAUAGUUGUUUUGAAGCGUCUUGGAAGAAUUUCAGUCUCUCAGAAAUCCAAAAUGCAACCAACAAUUUUAACCACGAUAAUUUGAUUGGAGAAGGAGGUUAUUCUGAAGUUUACAAGGGACAUCUGCAAGAUGGGAAACUGGUAGCAAUCAAGAGGCUGACACGAGGAAGCCCUGAGGAGAUGACAGCAGACUACUUAUCUGAGCUAGGAAUCUUAGUACAUGUCAACCAUCCAAACAUUGCUAGUGUAAUUGGAUAUGGAGUGGAAGGGGGUUUACACCUUGUUCUGCCUUUGUCUCCUCAUGGUAGCUUGGCAUCCCUGCUAAAUGGUGAGAAGGAGAAAUUAGCUUGGGUGCAUAGAUACAAUAUUGCAGUAGGAACUGCAUGUGGCCUUUCGUAUCUUCAUGAAGGCUGUCAAAGGAGAAUCCUCCAUAGAGAUAUUAAGGCUGCUAACAUCUUGCUUACAGAAGAUUUUGAGCCUCAGAUUUCAGAUUUCGGCCUGGCAAAGUGGCUUCCGGACCAAUGGAGUCACUUAAAUGUCUCACAGUUUGAAGGAACUUUCGGCUACCUUCCACCAGAAUUUUUCCUACAUGGUACUGUUGAUGAGAAAACAGAUGUCUAUGCGUUUGGGGUGUUAUUGUUAGAGCUCUUGAGUGGACGUCCUGCUCUAGAUAAGUCGAAUAACAGUGUUGUGAUGUGGGCUAAACCGUUCCUCAUAAACAAAAACAUUGAGGAGCUAGUUGAUCCUUCACUUUACGGUGCAUAUGAUGCAGAACAGGUGAAUCUUAUGGUCAUGGUCGCUUCGUUGUGCAUACAACAGUCAUCAUCUGAUCGGCCUCAAAUGAGCCAGGUGGUGAGGAUGCUGAAAGGGGAUGAAGGCAUUUUGCAAAGCAAGAGAAAAUUUCAGAAAAGGCCUGCACUCAGAAGAACAUAUCCAGUGGAACUGUUCACUAUAGAGGAAUCUCCAUCAUGUGUCAAUGAUGGAAGCCAACAUAAUGAAGUUGCUGUGGAGCAAUGA